GAGGACAACGAGUCGGCGGUUGUGGUGAACAGCAGCCGAAGAGCCGACAGAAACCCAUUGAUUCAGUCGACCGUAUCGUUCAGUCGUCUCAAGAAACGGAAAGUGGUUUCGGAGGACAAGGAAGACGGCAACGACUCGGACGACGACUCGUUUCGAGUCACCUAUCGGUCCAACAAAAGCGGCCAAAGAGAGGGUCCCUCAGACAUGGGCGCGACGUCUGUGAUCCAGACGGAGACCGACAAAGCGAUGGACGCGCAGAGCAUCUUCGAGAGGGCGCAGGAAGUGAACGAAACACUGAAAGGCAAAGAAGACGACCACAUCUACAGAGGACUCAAUAAUUACGUUCAAUACAAGUCCAAGAAAGACACGCCUCAGGGGAACGCCUCGUCCGGACACGUCCGCAACGGUCCCGUCCGCGCGCCCGAAAACAUCCGGUCGACCGUCCGGUGGGACUAUCAGCCGGACCUCUGCAAGGACUACAAGGAGACGGGCUUUUGCGGGUUCGGCGACUCCUGUAUAUUCCUUCACGACAGGUCUGACUACAAGUCCGGCUGGCAGUUGGAAAUGGAUGCCCAGCACAAGGAUCACGACGACGACGACCCCAACAAGUAUGUCAUCGAAGAGGACGACGACCUGCCCUUCAAGUGCUUGAUAUGUCGCCAGAGUUUCGACACUCCGGUGGUCACCAAAUGUAAGCAUUACUUCUGCGAGAAGUGUGCUCUCAAUCACUUCAAGAAGUCCAGCCGUUGCUAUGUCUGCAGCCAACAGACCAAUGGUGUCUUCAACACCGCUAAAGAUAUCAUCAAAAAGUUUAAUCUCCAAAAGACCACUUCAGACAUACCUCCGGAAACCGAUGAUCACAAGAGUGAGGAACAGUCGCACGACUCGGAAGACCUAUAUAUACUGCGGUUUACCGUCCUGCACAAACUAAGCCGUCUUGAGCACCGGGCUGUAGAAGUGCCCCGCCACAAACCCAUCUACGAUCCGGACCAGGACUUCGGCGACCACGUGGUCGUCAUAAACGCCAAACACGUGGCGAUGCCGGGCGACGAGUGGCGGUACCGGUACUACUAUCACCACACCAACUAUGCCCGGGGCAAACACUGGGCCCCCGCCCACAUCCUCCACAACAAAGACCCCACUCUUGUCUUAUAUAAAGCCAUAUAUAAAGCCGUCGGAAAUAUUAGACUCAAACGACAGGAAAUGAUCGCUCGCUUACAUAUGUAUCCCGAAGAGGCGGUUCCCAAACAUAUCCUUCAGAAUGUUUCGGAUCAGAUCAGACAACUCCGACCCCUUUCCAAACGCGUCGAUGAGUUCACCGAAGAAGAGGUGAAAGAGUUCCCUAAGAUUUUCGAUUAUCCCGAAGACUAUGCCAUCAAAUAA